AUGGCCGAACACAACAGCCACACUCAGGACCCCGUCCAAUCCGUUGAGUCUAGCACCGACUCUGCAGCUGAUACAACAGAUGAUUCUCAGGCUGAGUCACCAACUCUAGGCUGGGCAAACGCACCCCCUUCACAUCAAGUCGUUCAUGGAGUUCCCAUCCUCGGUGAAGCACAUGCGCCUCCUCCAGGUCAAUCUGCCAACGUACCUGCCAACCUGUCUCACAACCAGUCCACAGUCGAACUACAUAACUUCCCAUGCUCAUCUCUUAUUUUUAACAAGCCUACAACCCAUCAGCAAUACAGGAUACUUAGUCGCACUACUGACAUCAAGAAAGAAAGGCUGGAGAGGGAACUCUUUGAAGUCAUGCGAGUAUUGAGGUCUUUUAGUGUUUCCGAGGAGGAAUUUCAAGCUGCACUUGCAGAGUAUUCAGCUAUCAAGCAUGAGAUUUUGAAGCUGGAUCUCGAAUAUGCAUGCGUUAGGCGUGCUUGGAUGUUCGUUCUAGAGGAGCGGGAACGACUCGUGCGACUUGGAGAGGGCCCUGAGUAA